AUGCAAAAGCUGUCACAUCUAUCAGCCAAUCGAGGGCGAGAGCGAUACUACUCCGUGCCUUUUCGCCGCGAUGGUGGUAAUUCUGGCUUUCUCUCGCUCUUUCCAUCACGGUCAACGCUGUAUUUCAUUGCCAACUGCCUCGCCUGGUAUCUCUCGUCGGCACUGUCUUCAAACACAUCCAAAGCGCUCCUCUCUGCACCAAAGCACGUAAUGACAUCACAUCCAAAUGAUGUUCUGGAAUCUGGUCGACACGGGCAAGCCCUACAUCCACCAGAUUCAUCCUCCGCACCAUUUCCUUACCCGAUUAGCCUGACAUUUGUUCAAUUUCUUUUCGUACAUGGCUUUUGCUACAUAUGCACGAGCGAGCGAUUGCUAGGAAAGCGUACGAUGGGAAAAGUCAUGCCGCCUGCAAAAGAAAGAAUCUUGGAGGUCGGCCAGCUGUCACUCUUUACGGUCAUCGGGCACGCAUUGAGCUCGCUUGCGAUCAGUCGCGUGCCUGUCAGCACGGUACAUACGAUCAAGGCAUUGUCUCCGCUGUUCACCGUAAUUGCCUACUCUCUCUUUUUCUCUGUGACUUAUUCAAGCGCGACAUGGCUCUCACUCCUCCCACUCACCAUCGGCGUGAUGAUGGCUUGCACCGGGCUCUCACUAUCAGCUGAAGAUAUCUUGGGUCUCUUCACAGCCCUUGGAAGUACGAUGAUAUUCGUGGCGCAGAACAUAUACAGCAAGAAGCUUCUCAGUGGAAAUGGCCAUGGCUCGAAGGAUCUAGACAAGAUGGGGGCAGAGGGCAGCAAACUGGGCAAUGGUGUCAGCACAGGCAAAAAGCGCAAGGAUCAAAAGUUGGACAAGCUGAAUAUCCUUCUCUAUUCUAGCGGUUGCGCUUCGACCCUCAUGAUUCCGAUGGUGCUUUACUACGAUGCCUCUUCCAUACUGACCUCGUCCACAGGAGCAAGCUUUGGGAGGGUUUUAUCAUUGCUUUUGGCCAAUGGAAUCGUAAACUUUGCCCAGAAUGUGCUUGCCUUCAGCAUCCUGGCUCUGGUGUCACCUGUGACCUAUUCCAUUGCUAGCCUUCUCAAACGAGUCUUUGUCAUUUGCUUCGCCAUCGUGUGGUUCAGACAACAAGUCACCAUGCUUCAAUGGCUUGGUAUCACCUUGGCUUCCACGGGCGUAUGGAUGUACAACAACGCUAAAGUCAAGAAUGACGUCGCACAGGUAGAGGAAAAAGUACAUCCGAAAGGCAACAUUGAUAGCUUCACAUUGCCGACUACGGCUAGUGCCACCACCAACAAGAAUGGCCACGCGAAUUCCGGCUAUGUGACAACAUCAGGACUCGGUGGGCGCAUGGCCAUGUACGGAUCGUCGCUUUCGCCAACGGCAGCGCGCUUCCAACAUGCGCAAGGCCAACCGCAUAUGUCUGUCUCCAAAAUCUCUGGUAGCUUUGGGAGCAGCACGGGCAAUGGCGUCACGGGCCCUGGAAGCUGGAGGUUGGACGUCGGUGGCGGCCUACACAGUCCGACACAGGAAGUAAACCGCAGUGCUAUCAUGAACGGGGCUAUCGGCCCUGGGUGGCGUGCUAAGAGCAAGUAA